AAUCAAAUAAUCAACUGCCUUGAUUGCAGUGAAAAACACUGUGGAAAAUGUGACGAAAAAAUCCACCUGCGGAUUCCAUUUCAUCAAAGAUCAUUUUAUUCUAAUACUCGGCCUGGAAAACAAUUGCUUCCGACUGAGUUUGUGGAUCAUCAGGGGCAGAUUGUAGUAAAGAGCGUUUUUAUCCCGUUGUGUUCCCCAAAAUGCGACAAAUGCGAUACACACAUGUCACAAAUUGCUAGGUACCCGUUUCACGCUGUCGUCACGCCAAAAGGGAGAUUCGAUUUAAAUAGAAAUAUUUUUCACUGUGAUAACUGUUCGACUAAUCGAGAAGCGGAUUUCACAGACUUUAUUACUUCUGGAUACUUCCCUGGCUCUCCUGUAUCUACAAAAUAUCUUUUUUCAUUCGAUUUAUUGCGUUUGUGGCGUCAUUUAAAAUACUUGACGCCAGGUACCUCUGAAUAUAAGUUUUUGGAAACAAUUAUGGCGAUAUCUGCUGAUUUAGGAAGACGUGGAACAAUUAACAAAAAGUUGUUUAAUAAAGCGAGCAAGCUUUACGAAUACUUCAAUUCCCUGUUGGACGAGUAAAAGGAAAGAGAAAAACUAUUUGCAGAGCCUGUACCGAUAAAUUUGGUAAACCGUGCCCGCUUGGUUUGCAUUGUGACGGGCGAUUGACGAACGGACGAUUGACGGACGGACGAUUGACUUAAUGCCUUUCCAGUGUUAAGUUAUUAACGAAAUACUAAAUAGCACCAGGUUGGGUCAUUUUGGACACACAGUUUUGGGGUCAUAUCGGACAACUUCGAUAUUGGAGUGGGAG